CGACAGGGUGAGAAGAUAGGAACCUAUGCUGUGGUUGAAGGAGCGGUAGGACUGAAAAUAUGGGCACACCAGAUGGAAACUGAAAAGUCACUUUUACAAUGGGAGUGCACGGGCUGUGGAAGUUGCUCGAGAGCACGGGGAAGACCAUCAACCCGGAGACGCUUGAAGGAAAGAUUCUUGCUGUUGACAUCAGUAUCUGGUUGAACCAGGCAGUGAAGGGAGUGAGAGACCGGGAGGGUAACAGUGUCCAGAACGCCCACCUGCUCACUCUCUUCCACCGCCUCUGCAAGCUACUCUACUUCCGCAUCAAGCCUGUCUUUGUGUUCGAUGGUGAUGCUCCUCUGCUGAAGAAACAGACAUUGAACCUAAGGAGACAGAGGAAAGAGGAGUUGAACCGUGAGUCCAAACAAACCAACGAGAAGCUCCUCAAGACCUUCCUGAAAAGACAAGCCAUUAAGGCUGCACUGGGAGAAUGCAGUACUGAGGCUCUGCCCAGCAUCUCCAGUGUGAGAAGAGAUGAGGUGGAUGACAUGUACGUCCUACCAGCCCUACCACCACAGGAGGAAAGGGAGAAGAACAGUUCAGAGGAAGAGGAGGAGAAGGAGUGGGAAGACAUGGCGAACAGUCAUCACAUGUACCAGGAGGAGUUGAAUGAAAACCCUAACUCUGUGGAUAUCAACUCAGAGGAGUUCGCCAGCUUACCUCCGGAAGUGAAACACGAGAUCCUUAAAGACAUGAAAGAGUUCAGCAAGAGACGCAGGACUAUGUACCACAAGCCUCCAGAGUGUUCAGGGGAGUUCUCCCAGUACCAGCUGGCUGGACUGCUCCAGAGGAACAAGCUGAACCAGAAACUGGAGGGGGUGGAGCGAGAGAUGAGCCAGCGCAGCGCCGGAGGGGUGGAGCAUCUCUACAACGAGGAGGAGCACAGCGUGGAGUCACGACGCCUCGUCUCUGAGGACUCGGCCCACUACAUCCUCAUCAAAGGCUCUAAGAAGAAAGAGAAGGUUCCAGAAAGCCAGCCUGCCGCCCUGCCCUGGGCUGGCGGGCCCCUCUCAGGGAGGAAGAGGCAGGGGGGAGGGGGGAGGCCGGAGCCCCUGUGGCGCCCCAUCUCAGAAGAGGGGCCCGAUGAGGUGUCAGGUCCCUCGCCGAAGGCCCCCAGACUCUCCCCGCCCCUUCAGACCAAGGCAGCGCCCCCCUCCCCCCGCACACUGCAGGCCAUCGAGGCUGCCAUGGUCGACAGCUUUGACGAAGAGGACGAGGAGGAGGAGGGGGGGAGAGGGGAGGGUGUGGUGGAGGGUGUCCAGGGGAGAGCGGGGGGGGAGGUGUCUCCACGUACCCUCCUUGCCAUCCGACAAGCCCUAGGAGAGGAGGAUGACUUGCCCCCGUCAAAGACCCUGACUGGCGGCUCCCCCGCCCAGCGUCCAGCGCAGAGAUUAGUCAUUAGCAGCAGUUCAGAGGAGGAGCCAGAGGGCGAGGGCCAACCCCUCAUCAAGGCCUUAACCAAUGAGGAUAGGCUCGGAUUGAGGAAACACCAACCAGACUUGAUUCUUCCGAUGGACAGUGUGGUGCUGAGCGGCUCAGAGGAGGAGCUGGAGGAGGCCUUGAGCCAGAGGAACAGAGCGUUCCUCUCCACAGCACUGGAGCAUUCGGAAGGACGUGCGAGCACAGAGAGAACCAGGGACGGAGGGAUGGAGAGAGACAAACCGAAGGAGAAAGAUGGAGAGAUGGACUGUCUGACUUCUACUGGAGGGGAUGACAGGGCGAGGGCAGGGGAGGCAGGGGGUCAGAAGGAGAGGUCUGGUCCUAAAGGAGGGGUUGUUACAAAACCAAGAUCCCUCCCUAGCACAGUGUCACCUCCACCGUCUGGGUCCUCUCUGAAUGGAGCUAAGGAGGCAAGAACCAGCCCGAUAACACUCACCCGACUCUCUCCAAAGGAGGAGAGGAAUGAACAGAGUGAGGAGACGCAGCAGAGGAAUGACGAGAUUACAGAGACAAUGGACAGUGAAGACAGUGACUCAGAAGACGGCUUCAUCGAGAUUCCUGGGUGGGAGGAGCCCAAGGAGGAGGAGACGGGUGAUUCUCUUACAGAGAUGGGGGGUGGAGUUCCCUCUGCGGAGGACCAUGAAGAUAUGACCAAAACCGAGGAAGAGGAGGAGGAGGAGGAGGAAGGUGGGACCGAGGGACUAAGCAGUGAAGCUGCUGCCCUGGGAGAGGGGGAUGAGAAGGAAGACAGCCAAGAUGCACAUCAAGACCCUCAGCCUUCUAACGAGUCCGGCCCAGCCCCCAACCUGCCACCCAAUGAGUGGGAACACAUCGAUGUGGGGGAGCUGGCGGCGCUGGAGAGCACCCUGCAGGCCCAGCAGAGCAGCCUGACGGAGCAGAAACAGCAGCAGGAGAGGUUUGCUGCCACCGUCACUGGACAGAUGUGUCUGGAGAGCCAGGAGCUGCUGCGCCUGUUUGGCGUGCCCUUCCUGGUGGCCCCCAUGGAGGCGGAGGCCCAGUGUGCGUCGCUGGACCGGGCCGACCAGACCCACGGCACCAUCACGGACGACAGCGACGUGUGGCUCUUCGGAGGACGCCACGUCUACAAGAACUUCUUCAGCCAGAACAAAUACGUGGAGCAUUACCAGUAUGUGGACCUGCAGAACCAACUGGGUCUGGACAGGACCAAGCUGAUCAACCUGGCCUACCUGCUGGGGAGUGACUAUACGGAGGGGGUCCCAGGGGUGGGCUACGUCUCUGGGAUGGAGAUCCUCAACGAGUUCCCCGGACCAGGCAUUGAGCCCCUUCUGCAGUUCAGUGAGUGGUGGUCCCAGGCCCAGCAGGAGAAGCGCCUGGUGUCGGACCCCCGGGACACCAAGGUGAAGAGGAAGCUGAGAGGGCUGAAGCUGCAGCCAGGCUUCCCCAACCCAGCCGUGGCCCACGCCUACCUCCAGCCCCCCGUCGACCAAUCAGACGGCUCCUUCUCCUGGGGGCUCCCACACCUCGACCUCAUCAAGGAGUUCUGCCUGAGUCGGUUUGGUUGGAACAGCAGGAAGACCGAGGAGGUUCUCCGGCCUGUUCUCAAGCAGCUCAAGACCCAGCAGACUCAGUCGCGCAUAGACUCGUUCUUCCGCUUGGAGCAGCAGGACAGGCAGGCCAUCCGCAGCCAGAGGCUCCGGCGGGCGGUCACCUGUCUGAAGAGGAAAGACGGAGGGGCGGAGGGGGAGGGGGACAGUGAACCAGAGGACACCGCGUCCAAGUCCAAGAAAGGGAAGGGGCGGAAGCAGCAGAAAAGAGGAGGAGAGGAGGAGGAGGGGAAGGGGGGAAAGGAGGCCGCAGGGGGCUCUGGAGGAGGUUUUCUGGGCUCCAAGCUUGCAGAACCUGCUUUUGGGCUGACGGAGGAUGUGGGAGGGGCCAGCCAGGAGGGGAACCUCGCCCCCCGGCCUAAUAAGGGUGUGUCCCAGCCUAAGCCCCACCCACAGAGCCAGAGCAGUAGUUCAGGGGAAGACUGUGAAGGUGACAGCAGGGUCACCAUGGUAACUGCCCGCUCCGUGUUUGAGGGAAAUCCACGAGGCCGGGGGAGGAGAGGUAAGGGGGGUAGAGGGCGGGUCAGAGGCAGGGGCACAAAGACUCAAUGAACUUUGAACUGACUUUGUGAGAGGGGACAAGAAUGGAACUUUAGUACGCAGAAAAUUACGAAGCAUCCAGGGAAUGGUAAACAUUUUGAAUGACAAUGUAAAUUCUUGAGGAAUAAAUGAACGUGUCUUUGUCAUACUA